ACGAACAUGUCCAGUAACCGCCCAAAGAGAAGGCCAGCGCCCAGCGCAAAGGCCCUGGAUCUGGCGCGCGACGAGGUUACCAGGAGGGAGGUGGCACGGGCAGCCUGUCGGGUGGGCUUUGCGGCUCUAGACUAGGCCAGCAGCACGCCCGAGACCUCGAGGCAGGGGGAGGAGAGGAGCAAGCGGCCGGGCGAGGCGACGACGAUGUCCAAGUCGUGGCAGCACCAGCAGCAAAGCAGGCUAGGGUUAGGAAGAAGAGCACGAAGUGGCCUCCUACUUACGACUUGGCGCUGGCAAGGGCGGGUCUGCAGCACGAAGUGUGGAAAGUGAAUGGGAGCGGGCGUUCGGUCGGCGAAAGGUGGGACGCCUGCUGGAAGACUCUCAACCGGGAGCCCUUGGUCAGGAUGUUCAAGGAGAAGUCGUCUUCAAUUUGCAAGCAUCGCUACGACAAGAUCGUUGACGACCAGAGCAAGAGCGAUGGUAAAGCCCUGCGGGACUCCGGAGCCGGCACUGCUGAGAGUGGCUCGGAGGACGACGUAGAGAAGAAUACCAAGGUCCAGCUGGACAAAGUUCUGACCGCGAUAGUGGACGCGAAGGCUGCCGCGAGGCAUGACUCGGAGGAGACCAAGCAGAAGAAAGCCGACCAGGCGGCCUCGCACUCCGCGAUGGGGAUGUGGGCCAUCAACCAGGGCAACGCCCGAUGCGGGCCGGGCGCGAAGGCUACAUCAUUCCAAGAAGCUCUUGCCGCCGACAAAUCGCGUUGGGUUCCCGCUCCGGUGCAGUGGACGGUGGCCGUUCCAGCGGUCGGGUGAGUCCGGCCAGCAGCAUCGGGGGG